CCUCAUGUCAGGUGAGGUGAAUGACGUCACAGGUAGUUGACCCAUCAGGCCAAGCUAGUCAAGAGGCGCGGCGGGCAGUGUGGCGCGGGCCGGCGUGGGGAGAGGUGCUGCUCAGCGCCCGCCUCAUUGGUUUUACUAAAUUAGUCACCUGGACAGUCCUGUGCAUGAGGUUACCUGCGCCAGACUUACAGGUAUGUACGAGGGUUCAUCAGUACAACGGCACUGCAGGUAUGGUCAACCAGACCCAAGAAAUUGGUCUCGUACCACGGCACAGCAGGAGAUGAAGGAAGGAUUAUUGUGAAGGGGGAUGUUUUUAUAAUUACUGUUUUAAAGAAAAGCUAUGAGAUGAUGGACCUGUUGAAGACUAUUUUUGCUAGAAGGGGAACGAAAGCGGAGCCAUCAGAUAACCCGAUCUCCCCUACUUCCCCUGAAGUUGAUAAUGUUGUUGAAGAUGUAGGCGCCGCUAAUUCUGUUCAGGAACACGGAGAUGGGAAAGCGGAACCUUGCCAUGAUCCCGUUAGUGUUGAAAAAUCUUAUAGUAGUGAUGACGAAGUUGAUAAAACUGUAAUAUUCGCCAAGGGAAAAGCCCCCCUCGUAUUUAAAGACACUGAAAUAAGGGCAAAUAAAACGUCGUCCCCCCCAGCCAGGGUGUAGCGGCUGGAGCUCCCCUGAUUAUAUACGAGCGGUAGGGACUAAACCGAUAAAAGAAAUCUGUAAUACUUCACGAGUUGAGGAGUAUAUUAAUUCAGAUAGUGAUGAAGAGAUUCAUAAAUGUUUUAAAACUCCUAGUAGCAAUCCUUUAGAAGCAUCGGUAGAGUUUUCUCAAUGCGGUCAGCGAUGGAGCGAUGACCCUGAUUUUCAGAAUCAUCCUAAUGAAACACCAGUAUAUAAGCGAAAAAACAAAUUCAGCUGCAAGCGAAAGCUUGAUUUUAAGAAGCCACGUAUAUAAAUAGAAAUAUGUUCUUUUCUUUCCUUAUUUGCUAUUUUAUGAUUAAUGAUAGCUAUUUAGUUAUUAAAUAUUGUUUUUCUUUGAAAUGUAUGUUUAGUUAUUACGUAAUGUUUUUUUUUUAAAUUUAAGCAUAAUAAGUUUAGUA